AGAAUGCUAAUGAUGUGAAAGCGCAGGACAUGUUAGAGAAGUCUGCAGUGCUCACCAACGGCAGGUGGUCAGUAGGUCUACCGUGGAAAGAUCCGCACGUCACCUUGCCCGAUAGUUACCCUAGCGCAUUUAAGCGGCUACAGGGUGUAGAAAAGAAGAUGCUAGCUGAUAAAGCUUAUGGACUCCGGUACGAGAAACGUGUCAACCAUUUGUUUGAAAACGAUUUCGCUCGAGAAAUGGCCGACACGUCACUCACGCCUAACACGUGGUACUUACCACAUUUCGGAGUUGACAAUCCGAACAAGAAGGAGCUGCGUUUGGUCUAUGACGCAGCAGCUAAAAGUCAAGGCAAGUCUCUAAAUGACUUUCUUCUCACGGGUCCGGAUUUACUCGCUUCCUUGUUCGGCAUUAUGGUUCGUUUUCGAGAGGAUAGGGUAGCCGUAACCGGUGACAUAAAAGAUAUGUUUUUGAGAAUUAAGAUUAAUCCCGUAGAUCAGAACGCCAUCAAAUUCCUGUGGAGAGGUAGGAACCCCACAGGCCCAGUGAAGACGUACGCGAUGACGUCGCUGAUUUUCGGCGCGAACUGCUCGCCCUUCAUUGCCCAGUACAUUAAGAAUAAGAACGCUAGUAGGUUCGAGUCUACGCUACCAGCUGCCGUCGCUGCUAUACACCGCCAGCACUAUAUGGACGACUAUAUUGAUAGUUUGCCGGAUGAAGCUACCGCCAUCAGUAUGGUAAAGAAUAUUCGCGAUAUUCACAGUGCGGGAGGUUUCGAAAUCCGCAACUGGACGUGUAAUAGCGCAACUGUGCUCGACACUAUACCUAAGGAUAUUUUAGGUAAUACAGCUGUGAGGUUUGGACUGGACGAACAUGACGAAGGUAAGCGCACUCUUGGACUGAUUUGGUACCCUGCCAAGGAUGAACUAGGGUUCGAUGUAUCAUUCAAGCGUAUUCCCGACAGCGUCAUCAAAGGCAAACAGAGACCUACGAAGAGGGUUAUGUUACGUGUUAUUAUGUCAAUUUUUGACAUUUUUGGGUUCUUGUCACCUUUUACUACACAAGGCAAAGUUAUGCUGCAGGACACUUGGCAUCUCCAUAUCGACUGGGACGAUAUUAUUCCAGACGAAUUAUAUAAGAAGUGGUGCAGUUGGUUGGAAUUGCUGAAGGUUAUUGGAGAAAUUCGCCUGCCACGAUGGUUACGCUGCCGUGUCAGACGACUGAACGUGGCGGACAUUGCUACAAGAGACACGUUCAAUUAUCAGUCUUUUCUUAAUGAGUGGUUCAAGGGUCCCGAGUUUUUGUAUAGCGAUGAGACUUGCUGGCCAGCGAACGUCCUGGAACCCGAAAAUGAAGUCUGCGCUGAAGCUUGCAUGACCGUAGUAGAAAACUCGCCUACAUGUUUCCCGGUUCCUGACCCUGAGCGCUUCUCCUCGUGGCUACGAUUUCUGCGAUCUACCGCUUGUGUUCUCAAGUUUGUAAAUAAAUGCAGAGGUAUCGCACUUGACGACUACGCCCUAAUGGAGCAAGCAAAGCAGUUAAUCUUGCGGCAAGCUCAAGAAGAUUCCUUUGCCAGUGAUAUACAAGUAGUAAAGGCAGCAAAAGACUUGCCACGCGAUAGUCGGCUGAGAAAUCUAUCUCCAUAUUUGGACGAAAACAAUGUUUUGCGUGUGAGUGGCCGCAUUGAUGCUGCUUCUGACGUACGCCAGGAAGCGAAAAGGCCCAUUAUUCUUGACGGACGGCAUCCUACUACCAAGCUUUUGGUCAAGCACUAUCAUGUGAAGGCUGCGCACGGACACCAAGAAGCGGUAGUAAACGAUUUAAAACAAGAAUUUUGGAUAAUCCAGUUGCGACCUACCGUCAAAAAUGUUGCGUCUCGUUGCAUGCUCUGCAGGUUAAGAAAGGCUACCCCACAGGUGCCUCGGAUGGGUGACUUACCUCAAGCGCGCAUGGCGCAUCAUCAACGUGCCUUCACCUUUUGCGGGAUCGAUCUGUUUGGGCCCAUGGAAGUCACAGUAGGCAGACGUCGAGAAAAACGUUACGGCGUUACUUGCCUAACCGUCCGGGCAGUCCACAUAGAAGUCAUUCACUCACUUACUACCGACUCAGUGAUCAUGGCGCUUCGACGAAUGGCGUCUCGACGUGGGUGGCCAUCGCAUAUUUAUUCCGAUAACGGCACGAACCUACGCGGAGCAGACGUCGAAUUGCGAAGAUCCAUACAGGAGCUCGACGAAGAAUCCCUAAGAGCCGCAGCUCUUAACAAUCAAGUUCUCUGGACUUUUAUUCCGCCCGCCAGCCCCCAUUGGGGUGGGGCGUGGGAGCGCUUGAUUCGGACCGUAAAGCGAUCUCUUCGUGUCAUCUUAAAAGAACGAGCGCCCAGAGACGAGACUUUAAGCAGUCUACUAGCGGAAGUAGAAGGUAUUGUCAACGGUCGACCACUAACUCACGUGUCGGUAGAGCCGGGCUCCUCUGAAGCGCUUACCCCCAACCACUUUCUUAUAGGCUCUUCGUCCAGGUUGCCAGUACAUGGCGUAUUUGACGACUCGGACUUAGCUUUAAGGAAGCAAUGGCGAAUAGCGCAGCGUUUGUCCGACAUGUACUGGAAACGUUGGAUGAAGGAGUUCCUCCCACUUCUGUUACCGAGAAAGAAGUGGCAACAGGAGCAGAAGCCACUGAGUCUUGGUGAUCUAGUGCUUGUCGUUGACCCUGAUUCACCACGAAAUGUAUGGCCACGAGGCCUAAUAAAAAGUGUGCUGCCUGGAAAAGACGGCCGCAUCAGAGUAGUCGACAUCAGCACCGCUACCGGCGUGCUGCGCCGGUCUGUGGCGCGCGUGGCUCCUGUACCCUUAGCUGAUUAG